AUGCCACAGGCACAUCGGCAAGUGGCCAUCGCCCCGAGGCCGGCUGGGAUAACUCCUAUCGCUCCUCUACAGCCCAAAAAGAGACGUGCAAGUAAGCCCAAAGUACGGACUGGGUGCGUUUCUUGCAAAAUUCGACGGGUUAAGUGUGACGAACAGAAACCUACUUGCGAGAGGUGUAGCAAGGACGGCUUCAGUUGCGAUGGUUAUGGAGGGCACCCACACGGCACAUCAACCGUAAAGGCAACAAUGCCAAGAUGGCCUCGUCCACAUUGGAGAAAUCCCCAUCCGUCUCGGUUGAUCAGGCAAGACGACGCUCAGUACUUUGAUUUCUUUAGAGGUCAAUUGGUGUAUGAGCUCUCAGGAUACUCACACUCAGAGUUCUGGCUUCGCAUUGUCCCCUGCGAGAGCACCUUAGACAAAUGCGCCUUGGAGUCUGUCCUUGCAAUCGGAGCACUUUCGACUGCUAUCAGACUUGCUCCCCAUCUCAGCGCGCAAUCUACUCGACGACCCUCAGCGCUCCAUCCUUGGUCAGCUAUAGUUAUGGCCAAUGUCCAUCAUGAAGCCGCAGUUCGCCACUAUAUCAAAGCCCUUGCUUUGUUCAGGAGUCGACUGGAAGCAGAGAUGAACAAAGCAUCUCCUAGGUCGCUGUUAAUCGUGUCACUACUACUUAUUACCUUUGAGUUGUUACAAGGCGAUAUGAAGUCAGCCGACAGCCUCAUCACAAGAAGCAUAAAUCUUCUAAAGCAUACACUCAAGUUGCAUCGGCAGGAAGGUCUAGCUCAACAAGUCCAAACUCCUCGCUCAUCAGAAGACGAUCUAGAAGACAUGGAGCAUCUCCUACCACUCAUCUCCAUAAUGGGAGGGUAUACCCCGUUUCUCCUUUCUCAGUCAUCCAACAUUCAACUAUGGGAUACUACCUGUGGAAGGGUUCUUCCUAACUGCGGCCAGCCCAGCAUCAGCAAACUCGAUAUCCAAUGGAACAAGUUUCACGCACGUGCGGUCGCCUUUAUUGGAGUGACUAUGAAAUUCCAAACACUACCCUUACCGCAACAACGAGACACAGAGGAACAGAGAAACCUUAUACUUGCUCAGCUCCGGGUCUGGCAGAUAGAACUCGACUCAUGGUGUGGAGAAAGGACAUGUGACGAGCCAUCUCGUGUCAGAACUUUACAAAUCAUGCAAAUACAGCGUCAGACGCUGUUGAUAUGCAUAUCGUGUUGCCUCGAUGCUACAGACAUGAUGUACGACGACUUUGAAGCCGAAUUUGAUAUUCUCCUGGCGCGCUGCGUGGAAUACCUACGCGAGUCGCGUCCCACAUAUCUCUUCACACUUUCUACGUCAAUCCUGAGCGCCCUUCUUGUGGUAGUGAACAGAUGCCGGGUCCACAACAUCCGCAUGACGGCAGCAGGGAUCAUUCGUCAGAUACAAUGGCGCGAGGGUGCGUGGGAGCCUGCGCUGAUGCUAAAUGGCAAGCUGGCUGGGGUGUUGAUGGAGGAACGAAGCAGAGACAAGGAUGGACUUAUUUCUUCGGACUGUCGUUGGUUUUGGGCAGCGACAGAGUGGGAGGCUGAAAGGAAGCAGCUUGUUGCUACUUACGUCAGAGCGGUACCAGAUGAUUAUGGUCAGCCUGUUAACAAGACGCUGGUGCUGGAUCCGGACAAGGUUCUGGACGUUUGCUCUGCUAUUGGCUGUCGCGUGGAUCACAACAUAGAACACUUAGAUCUAUUAUUGGGUAAGAGGUGA